GCCAUCCCUCGCUGUUGAUGCACAGGGUUUCCCCUCACCUAAAACCCAGCAAUACUCCUAAAUGCAGACACAAUAAAAGUAGCCCACAUAUACACGAGAGGAACAAAUCAAGCAGCCAAAAAAGAACCCCUUUUUAAUUUUUUUUCCAUUUUUGUAAAAAAGCCCUCAUCUUAUGCUGUGUGGUUGAAGAUGCCAAGACCAGGCCCAAGACCGUACGAGUGUGUUAGAAGAGCUUGGCACAGCGAUCGACACCAACCCAUUAGGGGAUCUGUUAUUCAAGAAAUUUUCAGGGUUAUGAAUGAGGUUCAUUGUUCAGCUACAAGGAAGAACAGAGAGUGGCAGGAGAAGCUCCCCAUUGUUGUCUUGAAAGCUGAAGAAAUUAUGUACUCUAAAGCCAACUCUGAGGCUGAGUAUUCAGACUUUAAAACCCUGUGGGAGAGAGUAAACGACGCGAUUAACACCAUAAUUCGAAGAGACGAGAGUACUGAAACUGGCGAAGCAUUUCUGCAGCCUUGUAUUGAAGCGGCACUGCAUUUGGGAUGCACCCCUCGUAGAGCAUCAAGAAGCCAGAGAAAUGACUCUCCAAGGCAUUACCUUAGGCCUGAAACUUCAGGAAAUACCUCUGUCCUCAUCCCAAAUGACGGCUUGAGCCCUAAACCUUAUGGGAAUCGUGAAACAGUAAGACCCCUCAUGAUCGAUCACAACCCACAAUUAUCCACUCUUCCCUUGAGUUCUUGCUUCAGAGGUGAUCAGAACCAUAUUCAUAAUAUAAAGUCUAAUUCUGUUAAGAAAAAUCCCAUCGUUGGCCCGACAAAUUCCCCUGCAUCGUGGUCUGUUUACCCAUUGUACUACUAUAAUAAUAGUAAUAACAGUUGUCCAAUUCAGACUGAGGAGCUAAAGCUUUGCCACUCGAGAGCUUUCAAUUCAAGUUCUCAUCUUGAUGCACCGGAUUUUAUUCUUGGGUCCAAUAACGAAAGCAAUUUGAGCGCUGUUCGAGGGAUGGAAUGCGAUUUGACUCUGCGCUUAGGCUCUCCAGUGGCCUCAUGUGAUGGUAUUAGGCGUAAUUGGUCCUCUCAAGAUAGAAGCAAGCAGUCUAGACAUGAAGAAACUUGGCAAAUGACCAGACACUUUCUCCCUCACUCGGGCUGAUUUUGGGUUUAUCAUACCAUUUUUAUGUAAAGCUUCAAGCUGGAGGGUUCAUAAGCUGAUUGCGAGGAAAAAAGAGGGAACUAAUAUCAUCAGCAGUAUUUGUUUUGUCUGAGGUUAUUGUUCAGCCAUGUGGAGAAAGCAGAAUGUGUGCAUUUGUCUGUAACACGGGAUUGACUCGGGAAAAAAGAUGCUGGGUUUGUUAGUUUUGUAGUAGCUCUUAGAUUUUUCAUGAAUCUCAAUAUGUAAAUUGGACGGUUAACCUGUACCCCUUCGAAUUGUUGAGAUGUUGUAGAGCCCAUUGAAAUGCGGCAAUAUUUUUCAAUGGGAGGAAUGAUUUGAGUCUUUUAUUCUAUUUUAUUUUUUUCAUUGUGCCUGAAAAAUAAUCCAUUUUAACAUACUGGGACCGUCAUUUUUGGUUCUCUUGAUAAGUUGCAGAUGAAGGAGUCAUGCCUUUGCUUUGACAUGACCCGGAGGACUAGUAAAGUAUGUUAAAAAGAUGAAGGGCCUAUGGUUUGUGGACUAUAUAUAUUUUGCUGUAUGCAUAUCGUAUUCAAAGUGGGGAUGACCAUUGACAUUCCGUUUUCUUUCUCUCUGUAUGUGCAUAAAUUUGUGAAUGUCAUAUGCCUGUAUUUGUGCACAGUAAGGAGACACGAGGGGUCCAUUUCGUAAUAUAGCUUUAUUCUGUUGUAAUGGUGAAAAAAAAAGUGACCGAAACUGAAAGAAGGUAAUGGCACUUUCGUAGUUCCGUUUCUUGAUUAUAUAACAUGAUUUGGAUAAUGCUUGGAGUUUAG